AUGAGCUCCGGUACAAAGUCAUUUCUCAAUUACCCGGCGCCUCUCAAAGGCCCGGAAGUGCCAUAUGAGAACGAGACGCAGUCGAUUCCUGCGUUUCGAGGCGCUCCACUGAUCAUCAGUGCAACACUGAUCCACAAGAUUGGACUGGCGCAGAGCUACUUCUGGCGCAAUGCCGGCUUUGAUGUGAUUCGCAAAAUUCCCGAACUCAACCAGUACUCCGGUCGCUAUGAUCCCACAGUGAUCCCCGUCGAGGACAAUGUCCCUGUGGAAAGGGAGCUUCAGCCACCGAGUUGCCGGAAGAGAGCGCACCGUGAUCAGCACUAUACAUCUGCAGAUUAUCAUGCGUUGUAUCUCUCCGGCGAACUCACGCCUCUCGCUGUCGUUGAGUGUUUACUCCCCUUGGUGCGGCGCGAUGUUUCGCCUGCAGGGAAGCACUCGACGGCAUUCCUCGAGUCGAAGGUUGACGUUAUUCGUGCGGCUGCCGAGGCGUCUACCGAGCGAUAUAAGAUGGGCAAGCCUUUGGGUCCACUAGAUGGUGUGCCUAUUGCAGUGAAAGACGAAGUGCACGUUGCGGGCUAUAAGCGUACACUCGGAACUAAACUUGAUUUCAAGCAUGGCUCCGAUGGAACCUCGUGGUGUGUUCAGCAAUGGCAGGAUGCCGGUGCGAUUAUCAUUGGCAAGACCACCAUGCAUGAGCUUGGCUUGGGUCAAAACCCUCACAAUCAAAAUUACUACUGCGGUGGAUCUUCUGGCGGGUCUGGCUAUGCCGUCAGUGCAGGUCUGGUGCCAAUUGCACUUGGAGCAGAUGGCGGUGGCUCGAUCCGCAUCCCAUCCUCGUUCUGUGGUCUUUGGGGCUUGAAGACUACGCAUGGCCGUGUUUCUGGUGCCCCGUCUCUUAGUCUUGCACCCACGGUUGGUGUGCUUGGCCCCAUGGCUGGCAGUAUCGAUGAUCUCGCGCUGGCCUAUCGCCUAAUGGCAGCUCCAGCGCCUGUCUCGCAGGACGCGAUUUCAUCACAGUUCCCGAAUCCAAAGCCGCUGCCUGAUAAUCACAAGAGAGCCAAGAGACUGGGCAUUGUCCGUGAAUGGAUUGAUCGGGCAGAGGCCCCUGUCCGAGCUGUCUUCGACGCGGCGGUUGAUUACUACCGCAAGCAGGGCUAUGAGGUUAUCGAGAUUUCCAUUCCAUAUCUGCCAGAGGGCCAGCGAGCCCAUGUCUUGACAAUCAUGGCUGAGAUUGCAGCGGGCGUUGACCCAAGUCAUGUGGGCUCUCUGUCUGCGCCGAAUAAAGUUCUCGUGUCCAUUGGCAUGUGGCAAAUCACUGCCAACGAUCUUCUCGCCGCGCAGCGAUUGCGGAACUUGCUCAUGCAGCACAUUUCGCAUCUGUUCCACGAGUAUCCGGGUAUUGUUCUCUUCACGCCUACCAGUCCCAUUCCCGGAUGGAGAAUUGAAGGUGGUGAGACCGAGCUUGCCUAUGGGCUCUCAGAUGGGAAGACGUCCGUGCGGAACAUGGAAUACGUGUGGCUGGCUAAUUUCAUGGGCUGUCCUGCUAUCACAUGUCCGGCGGGUUAUGCUGGGGAGGGAAAUGUACCCAUCGGCGUGAUGGCAAUGGGUGACUGGGGUAGCGAAGAGGAAUUGAUUGAGUUUGCCCGAGAUGGAGAGGGUCUGGUGGACAGGGUAAUCCCGGCAGGCCAUCACUCAGUCUGGGAAGAUGUCCUUCAACAGGCAAGAGGGUAUAAUGGGCUUUGA